AGUCACGCCGGCUGAGCAACUAUGAACGAAGUUUUUUUUGUAUUUAAAAGUAGAAUUUUAGAAGUACUGGAGUCGAGAACAACUGAUGGGGAUCUUGACCGUUACUCUGAAGUAACGGAGCGCGAGGCGGGUCGUGAAUGUCCGGUGUUAUCGCGACGUACGAGCAAUAAGGUUCGUUUGUUCGCUCACUGUUGCCAUUCGCAACAAUCUGUCUGACAAUCUUAUAUUCCCAGUAUCGUAUCAUUGGCAGUGGAACUUGCAAUCUCGAGAGUCAUCGGUCGCUGAUAAAAAUGAAAAUAACAUUCUACAAAAGUGAACGAUUCAUUUUUCUGCAUUCGAGUACUCGCUGUAUCCGAGCGCGCAAUUAGUGAGACGAGCUGUGAAGUGAACCUUGACGUUUCCAGCAAGAGUGGUGUAACAACGAAGCACAUGAUCUAGGAAAGUGCAUACACGAUGUUCAUCUCAUCAGUCGCUUUGUUAAUUCCGGCACUCAGCUUUCUCGGUGUCCUAUUUUAUGUGCUGCGUCAUCUGACUUAUUGGCGUACCAAAGGGAUUCCCUACCUGCAAACGGUGCCGAUUUUUGGUCUGCUGUUCCCCGUUUUUUUGCGCAAGCGAUCUAUGGCCCAGAGGACACUGGACAUUUACAACGUGUGUCCAGGUGCGAAGUACGUCGGUUGUAACGACUUCGGAGUGCCCGUAUUGAUAAUCAAACAUCCAGAAAUCGUGAAGGAAAUAGUCGUCAAAAAUUUCACUCAUUUUCCAAAUCAUCGUGGCUUCGUCGACGAGGAAUUUGACCCGUUAUUGGGCAGAAACUUAUUUUCUCUGAAGAAUGAUCGGUGGCGUGACAUGAGAACGGUCCUUACACCGAGCUUCACGGCCAACAAAAUGAAAUACAUGUUUCAAUUGGUAUCCAAAUGUGCAAUGGAGUUGGUUCAGUACCUGAGUGAACACCCGGAACAAACGAAGGAGAUUGACCUCAAAGACUUUUUCACCAGAUAUGCGAACGACGUCAUAGCCACAACGGCUUUUGGAAUAAGCGUCAAUUCUUUCAAAGAUCGCACCAACGAAUUCUACAGCAAUGGCAAGGCUGCAUCUACGUUCGGAGGUUUUUUUAACCUACUCAAGUUCAUAGGAGCCCGAAUAUUUCCCAACUUCUUACGACUAAUGGGACUAUCUUUUCUUCCCCGGAAGACGGAAAGAUUCUUCAAGCAACUCAUUCACGAUACUGUCAAGAUCCGCGACGAGAAAGGCAUCGUUCGACCCGAUAUGAUCCAUCUGCUGAUGCAAGCCAGAAAUAAUGACAACGGCAUCGACAUGACGAACGAAGACAUAACAGCACAAGCUGUUAUAUUUUUCCUCGCUGGUUUUGAUACAUCUUCUCGUCUCAUGUGUUUCGUGUCUCACGUUCUUUCGUAUUAUCCAGAAAUACAGGACCGCUUGAGAAAAGAGGUGGAUGUAAUUUUGGGGGAAGAUAGCGCAAGUAUCACCUACGAAAAGCUAGGCCGCAUGACGUAUAUGGAUAUGGUAAUUUCAGAAACACUUCGUCUUUAUCCUCCGCAACCUUUUACCGAUCGGGUGUGCACGCAAACUUGUGAGCUCCCACCCCCGACCUCUGAUUCCAAUCCAUUUACGGUUCUACCGAGUACUCUCAUGUGGAUACCGAUUAUUGCUUUUCAUCGUGAUCCUUAUUAUUUUCCCGAGCCCGAAGAGUUCGAUCCUGAACGUUUCAGUGAGGAAAACAAGAACAACAUAACACCCUAUACAUAUUUACCGUUUGGCGUUGGACCAAGGAAAUGCAUUGGUGAGAGGUUUGCUCUAAUGGAAGCGAAAGUUAUCAUGGCACACCUCUUGAAGAAAUUCGUUUUCAAGCCCUCGAACAAAACAACGAAAUCAAUUACAUUUGCUAAAGAUGGAUCGAUGAUGAAUUCCGAAAGGGGAUUCUGGGUGGAACUGAGGCCGAGGCAAGUUUAAUUAAUUAACGACUUUCAGAAUUGAACGUCACGCACUGCGCAGCAACCCAGCAAAGAAUAAUAACCAAGUUUAAAAUCUCAAAAUAUUUUGUAUUUAAAGUAUCCUUGUGCGGAAGUAAUAAAACAUUUAUAUAAUGAA